AAGCAUUACUAAAGUUAUUGGUUGGUUGAAUGGUGUUAAUAUCGGUAGAACUGAGGUUAUAGGUAGGCUGAGUUAUAUUGAUAUCAGUAGUAUUGAGGCUAUAAGAAGGCUGAAUAAUAUUGGUGUUGGCAAGAUUAAGGCUAUGAGUGGUCAGGAUAUUGGUGCUAGCAGUAUUGAAUGCAUUAAGGAUGUUGGUGUUAGCAGUAUUAGCUGCAUUAAGGUUAUAAGCGACAUUAAUAUUGGUAGCAUUAAGGAUAUGAGUAGUGGUAUUGAGGUUGGUGGCACUAGUGUUGGAGUCUUGGAUGAUAGAUAUCAUGGGAGUAGACUCUAUGAUGUUGAUAUCAGUAGCACUGAGGUUAUGAGAAGGCAGAAUGAUAUUGGUGUUGGCAAGAUUAAGAGUUGCAUUAAAGAUAUGAGUAGCGGUAUUGAGGUUGGUGGCACUAGUGUUGGAGUUUUGGAUGAUAGUAUUAGCUGCAUUAAGGUUAUAAGCGGCAUUGAUGUUGGUAGCAUUAAGGAUAUGAGUAGCGGUAUUGAGGUUGGUGGCACUAGUGUUGAAGUUUUAAACAAUAGGUAUCAUGGGA